AUGACGUCUGCCGUCAACCUCGACAACGACGCCAUUGCGCGCGCCGGUCUUGCAGAUCCCGAAAACCACGGUAUUCACAAGAUUGAUGGUGAGAAGCGCCAGGAGGACUUUGCCAUAGAGAAGCACCAGAACGACUUUGCCGUUGAUCAGCAAAGCAUUCACACGGAUGACAACGACUGGCCCGACAAGCCAACGCCAGAGCAGCAGCGCACUCUGCGCCGUGUCUCUGGCAAGAUCAAGUGGGCUAUGUGGACGAUUGCCUUUGUCGAAUUGUGCGAGCGUUUCUCCUACUACGGAUCCGCUGUCCUCUACACCAACUUUGUCAACCACAAGCUGCCCAAUGGCUCUACAACCGGUGCUCCUCUAGCGAGCGACCCUCAUCCACAGGCUGGCGCUCUCGGCAUGGGCCCCAAGGCUGCCCAAGGUCUGAGUUUAUUCAACAUGUUCUUUGCCUACAUUAUGCCUCUUCUUGGUGCCUGGAUUGCUGAUGCCCGCAUGGGCCGUUUCUGGACCUUGCAUCUGGCCAUUGGAAUCUCGACCAUUGCUCACGUGGUCCUUGUCGCCGCCUCCGCUCCCAGUGUCAUUGUUCACCGUGACUCCUCCUUCGCCGCUUUCAUUCUUGGGCUCCUCUGCCUCUGCGUUGGUACAGGCUUCUUCAAAGCCAAUGUCUCCCCUCUUCUGGCUGAGCAAAACGAGGAUGUGCGCAUGCGCGUUGAAGAGCGCAAGGGCGAACUCGUCAUUGUCGACCCUGCUAUUACCAACACUCGCAUCUUUCUCUACUUUUAUCUCUGCAUCAACAUUGGCUCCCUCACUGGCCAGAUUGGCAUGGUCUACGUUGAGAAAUAUGUCGGCUUCUGGCUCGCUUUCCUCAUCCCCACGGCUCUCUUCCUUAUUGCCCCCCUUGUUCUUUGGUCGCAGAAGAAAAAUUACAAGCUCACACCGCCCACCGGAUCUCUGCUGGAAAAGUUUCUCAAGAUGUGGUUCUAUGUCCGCAAGAGGUCCCCCUCCCUCUUCAAGUUUGACUGGGAUAUUGCCCGCCCCUCCAAGGUUGCCAUCAGCGAGCGCCCGUCCUGGAUGACUUAUGACGAUGCUUGGGUUGACGAGGUCCGCCGUGGAUUGAUGGCUUGCAAGGUCUUUCUCUUCCUGCCUGUCUUCUUCCUCGCUUACAACCAGAUGACCGGUAACCUGACCACCCAGGCCAGCACCAUGAAGCUGCACGGAGUGCCCAACGACAUCAUCCAGAACCUGAACCCAAUCUCUAUUGUCGUCAUGAUUCCCAUCUUUGAUCAUGGCCUUUACCCUCUCCUCCGCCGCAUAGGAAUCCCCUUUACCCCCAUCAAGAGAAUGACUGCCGGUUUCUUCAUGGCCACCCUUUCCAUGGUUGCCUCCGCUGUCAUGCAGUACUACAUCUACCAGAAGAGUCCUUGUGGCUGGCGCGCCAACGGCACCAUCAUUAAUGACGCAGGAGAGGAAGUGAACUGCCCUCCUGCGGACAUUAAUGUCUGGGCUCAGUGUCUUCCCUACAUCCUUAUUGGUGUUGCUGAGAUUCUCACCAAUGUGACUUCGUACGAGUAUGCUUUCUCCAAGGCGCCCGAGAACAUGAAGUCGUUGGUCAUGAGUGUCAACCUCUUCAUGAGUGCUCUCUCUGCUGCCAUUGGGCAAGCUUUUACACCUCUCUCCGGCGACCCUCUUUUGGUCUGGAACUACACCGUCAUCUCUGUCAUUGCCGUUGUUGGAGGCACUGCAUUCUGGUUCUGCUUCCGCCAUCUCGACGCCGAGGAAGAUAAGUGGAACAUGCUCAAGAAGUCGGAAUACAUCGGCAAAACCCAACCUGGUGUGGGCAAAGCUGCCGAUUUGGAGCACAACAACUAA